CAUUAACACAGAAACACAAAAUAACAACAAUAUACUCGAUUUCAACGAGGUCGUACUUGUUAAACAAAAUACUGGCCUGUUUCGAUGGUAUAAUGCUAAUUAAAUUGAUUCUUUCUUAUAGGAGCUCGUCCGUUAAACCGCAAACGUGAAUAGCAGUUGCAUAAGCGAUAAUUUUUUUUAGCAAUUUCUUUAGCUACUCAAAAUCUAGACAAUCUCUGCUUGGCUGCUUCACUUGGUAGUUGUAGUGCCCCAAAGAAGAAGUGAAUUAAUUUGUGUCCACUUUUAAUUUGUUUUAUUUUUGAAUUUUGUUCUCAGAGAGUCAAAUCAAUUAUGAGUAUUCCACCGCUACCACGUCCCAAGGUAUCCAAUGGCAUUUCGUCAAAAAUCAAUCAACUCUACAGUCAACAGCCCGAAGAGCCGUUAAAAAUAACCAAACAACAACAAAACGAAUUGAACAAGAAAUUGAAACAAUCCCAAAAUAAUGGUGUCCCGAAAAAACUGCUCAUCGAUCCGAAUCCUAAAUUGGAAAAUUUGGGUCAAAAAUUCGAUAAGAGUCCCAGAGAAUUGAAUUUGGACAACAGCGUUAAAGAGGCCGUAGUCAAUAUCGAAAUUGCCGAAAUGAAGGGACGGAAAAGCGUAAAGGAAUGCGUUACAAUUGCACGUAAAGCGUUCAGUAAUGGAAGAAGCAGAAGUUUGGCUUUCAGACAGACACAAUUGAAAGGUCUCCUCAAGUUUUUAGAAAACCACAAAGUGGAAAUCGAAGAAGCUUUACAUAAGGAUUUGAGAAAACACAAACAAGAAACGAACACCUCCGAAAUUGAGUUUGUCGCAAACGAUUUGCGUUACACUUUGAUUGAGUUGAAAAAAUGGAUUGGACCGGAAAAACCGAAAAAGAGAAUUAUCAACAGUCUAGAUGGUGUUUACGUCUACAACGACCCUUACGGAGUCGUUCUGAUAAUGGGAGCAUGGAACUAUCCAAUUCUAUUAACCCUCGGGCCUCUAGUUGGUGCUCUAGCAGGUGGCAACGUUGUAAUCAUGAAACCCUCUGAGCUGGCUCCUGCUACCAAUAAGCUUCUUGCUGAAGUGCUGACUAACUAUCUGGAUCAGGAGUGUUUCCAGGUGCAUCAAGGUGGCGUCCAAGAGACUACUGAAUUAUUGAAGCAACGUUUCGAUUAUAUUUUCUUUACUGGCUCGUCGAAAAUUGGGCAUAUUGUUUAUCAGGCCGCUGCAAAACAUUUGACACCGUGUACUUUGGAACUUGGAGGUAAAUGUCCAUUAUACAUCGACGACACCGUCAACAUGCAAAAAACAGCCAAAAGAGUUUUAUGGGGCCGCAUGCUGAACAGCGGACAAACUUGCGUGGCUCCCGAUUACCUACUAUGCACAAAACAAGUCCAAGAAUUAUUUCUAAAAGAAGCCGAAAAGAUUAUCAACAAGUUCUGGGGCGACGAUCCCACUAAAUCUCCAUAUUUAAGCAAAAUCGUUACCGAAAAUCACUUCAAACGCCUCGUCGAAUUUAUAAAAGGGGAACAAAUAUCACUCGGAGGCCAAGUGAACAGUAAAGAGCUUAUUAUAGGGCCUACAAUAUUGACGAACGUCAAUCCGCACAGUCCCAUAAUGGAAGAGGAGAUUUUCGGACCAAUUUUACCAAUUUUAAAUGUCAAAGACGCCCAAGAGGCAAUCGAUUUUAUUAAUUCUAGAGAAAAGCCUUUAGCUUCGUACGUGUUUUCAAACAACAAGAAAACCCAAAAUCUAUUUUUGAAGCAAACCUCUAGCGGUGGAGUGUCUAUAAAUGACACAAUUUCCCAUAUUAUGACUGAAAAUUUACCAUUUGGAGGCGUAGGUCAAAGCGGUUUGGGUAAUUACCAUGGGAAAUAUGGUUUCGAUACUUUUACCCAUAAAAAAGGAGUCUUGGUUAAAGAUUUUAGUGCCAUAUCCGAAAUGGCUUUGAGUCUCAGAUAUCCUCCGUAUUCUGAUCAAAAGACUCAAAUCAUCAACACUAUAUUGAAAAAAAGAAAAAGUUUGUUAAAGUUUGAAUGGCUGAUUAGCAUUUCGAUAUUCUUGUUAGGGAUGGGAUUAGCAUUGGUUUUACAAUAUUAUUUCAAUUUUAUAUAAAAAAAUUGCAUUUACCUACUGCCUUUUAAUAUUUAAGAAGCGAAUUUCUGUUGAUUGUAAGAUAUUGUGUUUGAAUAUUUUUAAUAUAAAUUUGUUAUUGGUUUUUUGUUUUACUUGAACUGUGUAUUUUUGAAAUACACAGAAAUAUUUAGUCCGGCAUCAGUCUUUAGA